AUGAGCAAGGAAGCCGAAAACAAGAUCAAAGAAGUAAAAAGGUUCACUCAGAGUGGCAAUUUUAGCACAGUUUCACUUCCUAUGCCAUUUGCUCAAGAACUUCAAUUCACAUCGUCAAGUACAAACUAUGUUAAUUUUGAGUCGCGAGAAUUGGUUUUCAAUAACAUCAUGGCGGCAUUACAAGAUUCCAAUGUUAAAAUGAUUGGAGUAUAUGGAACAGGAGGGGUUGGAAAGACGACAAUGGUCGAAGAGAUUGGCAAACUAGUGAAAAAUGGACUUUUUGAUGAAGUCGUUGUGGCAGUUGUCUCUCAGGACGCAAAUGUGCGCAAUAUUCAAGGGCAACUCGCUGAUCGCUUGAAUUUGGAACUAAAAGGGGAAACUGAAAUGGGAAAAGCAAGCAAAUUGUGGAAUAGAUUGAACAAUGGGAAGAAAAAUCUCAUUAUAUUGGAUGAUAUGUGGCAAGAAUUGAACUUGAAGACAAUAGGGAUUCCUAUCACUGAUGGAAACAAUUGUUGCAAAGUUGUGAUAACGUCUCGAAUCCGAGGUGUGUUGGAAAUGAUGCGUGUUGAUAGAUAUGUUCCAAUGCAAGUAUUAUUAGAGAAAGAAGCAUGGGCCCUAUUCAAGACGAAGGUGGGUAAUUCUGUUGGCUCUCCUGAACUCCAUGAUAUAGCUAAUGUAGUUUGUAAAGAGUGUGGAGGCUUGCCCGUCGCUAUACUUGCAGUUGGAGCCGCAUUGAAAGAAUCUAGUGAUGCAAAAUCAUGCUUCUUGCUAUGUUGUUUCUUUCCUGAAGAUGCUAAUAUUUCAAUUGAAGUGUUGGCGAGACACUGCAUAGCGAGAAGUUUGCUUGGACAAAACACAAAUACACUAAGAAGAGCAAGCCGUCGAGUACUUACAGUGGUCGAUAUCCUCAAAGAUGCUUGUUUGUUAUUAGAAGGCACAAGUGAAAACUUUGUCAAAAUGCAUGAUGUCAUUCGAGAUGUUGCUCUUUCAAUUGCGAAAGAUGAUGGAAAGGAAAUUCUAGCAAAACAUGGUGUCAAAGUGUGGCCCGAGAAAGAUACAUGCGAAUCUUACUCAGCAAUGUCAUUAAGGUUCGACAACACUCUUGAGCUUCCGGAUGAUUUGGUAUGUCCACAACUCCACACCUUGACCAUGAUAUUGACAUGGAAGAUCGAUCCUUUGCUUAAUGUUCCAGAUAGAUUUUUCAGUGGAAUGGAGAAACUUACAAUUUUAGAAUUGAAUAGAAUUUGUAUGUUGCCUCCAUUAUCUCUUGCUAAUUUGGUUAACCUUCGGAUGUUAUGGUUAGAUUAUUGUGAGUUGGGAGACGUAGCUAUACUCAAGGAUCUAAAUAAUAACCUUGAAAUACUUAGCCUUCGAGGUUCUAAUAUCAAGGUUUUGUCAUCAGAGAUAGGACAAUUGACUCAUCUUCGGUUGUUAGAUCUGGAAGAUUGUCACCAGCUCACAGAGAUUCCACAAGGUGUCAUAUCCAAUUUGUCUCGCCUGGAAGAAUUGUACACGGAAAGAAGCAAAGUGAAUCUUGAUGAGUUGGGGAAAUUGACGCAAUUAACCACUUUACAGAUUCACAUACCAAAUGUCAUGCUAUUGCCCAAGGACUUCUGCUUUGAAAACUUGAUCAGAUUUCAAAUAUCAAUGGGUAUGGGUAAGAAUUAUGAUUUUUAUGGAACUUCUUCAAAGUGGUGUGACCUUGUGGGUGUUUCCUUAAUGGACAAGUUUUUCAUUUUGUUGCUGAGAGCUGAAGAGCUACAUUUGGAUUAA